CCCCGCGUGUCGCCAGGGCCGCUGAGGUGAUCGCUGCUCCCCGGGGAGCGGGGCGGGGGUGGCGGCCGCCCGGAGCCCCUCUGUGGCGCCUCGGACUCCUGCGGGAGGGCGGCCCUCUGCUGAGCGGUUCCCAUUUCCCCCCCCCCGGGGCGGGUGUGAGGUGCCUCAGUAGUUAUCCAGCAUGUCUUCACUAACAGAAAAGGACAGACCAAUUGUUCAGCUGUUACUGAACACUGGCACUUGCCCACGAUGUAUCUUGAGGUUCUGCUGUGUGGGAUCACAGAUGCUUUAUAGAUGUCCAUACCAGGAUUUGAUGAAGGAUUUAAAAGAAUUUCUGAAAAAUAAUAAAGAAAAAGAAGAUACGGUUUGUUUUGACGAAGUUGAUCCACCUUGUAAGAGAAUCAGACUUGAACACACAGAAGAAGGGUCUGAUGAUCUCAACCACAACGGAGCACUCCAGCAGAUUCCUUCAGUUAACAAUGAAAAUACUGCAAUGGAGAACUCAGCUGUGAAGGUUUGCAAUGUGUGUUUGGGAAUUCUUCAGGAGUUCUGCGAGGUUGACUUUGUUAAAAAGGUGUGCCAAAAGGUUAAUUCCUCUGACUACCAGUUCACUAGUUUUGUAUUUUCUGUGUCACUACCCCCACAGCUGUCUGUUAGGGAGCGUGCUGCUUGGCUGCUGGUAAAACAGGAAACGGGAAAACUGGGCCUUUCCUUGGCAAAGGAAGAUAUUGUUCAGCUGAAAGAAGCUUAUAAGUGGAUUAUUCAUCCCCAAUUGUCAGAAGAGUUGGGUGUUCCUGCUGACGGAAAGAGUUUGUUUGAAGUUAGUGUGGUCUUUGCUCACCCAGAAACAGACGAGGAGUGCCGUUUCCUAGCCACAGCCUGUCCAGACUGUUUCAAACCAGCAAAGAACAAACAGUCUGUUUUCACUAGAAUGGCAGUUAUAAAAGCCCUAGAGAAGAUUAAAGAAGAGGAUUUUCUCAAGCAUUUUCCAUGUCCCCCAAGUUCACCAAAGAACCUCUCUGUUGCUCUGGAAAUUCAGUGCAAUAAUGGUGCCGUUUUUGUGGCUGGAAGAUACAACAAAUACUCAAGGAAUUUACCUCAGACUCCCUGGAUUAUUGAUGGGGAGCGGAAGCUGGAAUCUUCAGUGGAAGAACUGAUUUCAGAGCAUCUAAUGGCGGAAUUCAAAGCAGAUAGCUUUAAUUUUUCUUCCUCGGGAAGAGAAGAUGUGGAUGUAAGAACACUAGGCAAUGGAAGGCCCUUUGCAAUUGAGCUUGUGAAUCCUCGUAGAAUACAUUUUACUGCUGAGGAAAUGAAGGGACUUCAGCAGACAAUUAAUAACUCUUCAGACAAAAUACAGGUUCGAGAUUUACAGCUUGUCACCAGAGAGGCAAUUGGUCGUAUGAAGGAAGGUGAAGAGGAAAAGACAAAGACCUAUAGUGCCUUAAUAUGGACAGACAAAGCAAUACAGAGAGAAGAUAUUACAUUUCUAGAUGAUAUCAAGGAAUUAAAACUUGACCAGAAGACACCUCUCCGGGUUCUUCACAGAAGGCCUUUAGCUGUCAGAUGUCGGAUCAUUCACACCAUGAAAUCUGAGUACAUAGAUGAACAUCAUUUUCGCCUGCACCUGAAGACACAAGCUGGAACCUACAUUAAAGAAUUUGUGCAUGGAGACUUUGGAAGAACAAAGCCCAAUAUUGGCUCCCUACUGAACAGAACCGCUGACAUUCUGGAGUUGGAUGUAGAGUCUGUUGACGUUGACUGGCCUCCAGCCUUGGAUAAUUAACUUUUCAAGUUGGGACAAAGAAGAAGCAGCUCUUCUGUCAGCAGCUGGUUGCUGAACACUGUCCAGUAUUACAGCUUCGUUGCAAAGUAUUUCUGUUAAACAUUUGGAUCAUGUUGAUCUGCCAAAGGAUACUGUUAUUUUGAAUCAACUUUAAACAUUCUGGAACAGGUAGUGUUCAUUCAGUCUCUAGCCUUAUUUUAAUUUCUCCUGUGCAUAAAAAAGAUUUUGGUAAGCUACUAUAUUGGUAACAAGUCUUUUUAAAAUCAAGAUAAACAUAAAUGAUGUAAUGUGCCAAUGGUGUACUGAGCAAGUACAUCAAAUACGCAUUCUGCGGUAGUUCAAAAUGUUUUAAUUAAAAAAAUCUGGCUUGAGGAAGGCUUUUAUACUCUUUUUAUAUUGGAUGCUGCAGCUUUCUUGUCUGGGUAGCAGUGAGUUAACUGAAAGCCAGUCCUGACUUUUUCUGAGCACUGUUCAUGCAGGAAAUCCCCAAAGUCAGGGAGGCUCUGAAACCCGUGGGAUAGUGCCUGGAACGAGGCAGGACUCAGCACUGUGCUGGCUACUUUUUGCUCAGUGUCAGUUUUAAAGAUGGGCAAAUUUGUCCCUCACAGUACUUUUCAAAGGGAACAAUGGUUUUCAGAGGAAAACUUUGACUUAAACCCAGAUUUUUCUCAUGUAAAAACAUCAGCGAUGCUUCCUAGAAACAACAGUUGAGGUACUUGAGGCCUCAACAGCUCUCUGGCCUGGUGACAGUCCUCUUCAAGUGCAGGAUUUCCCCAGUUGAGUCACCAUAUAUAAAAAGACUUGGAACUCCUGGCGGUGAUGCACGAUGGAAAUCUAAAGAAAAAUAGGAAUACUAAGAACCCCAAAGUACAGGCAAAUAUAAGAUAUACUGAAGAAAGCUGGUAUUGAGAGAACAAGUCUGAGAUAAAAAGCUUUGUUUGUAGCACAAUACAUUUUUUUUCUAGUGUCCAACUUCAGAUGGGUGCCUGGAAGAGCUGAACAGUGUCUAGAAACUUGCCUGGAAUAGGGAAGACCUAAGGUUUUUUCUCUGGUUGUGUUACUUUAAAUGUUUCACACAAAGCAGGGGCUGGGCUGCAGGGUUAUUUUUAUGUUUCUUAGCCAGGUCCCACCACCUACAUCUUUAGGAAAAGCCAUUUUUAUGCCUAUAUCAUGUUAAUCCAUUAGGAAGAUGCUUCUGCUUACCUGAAGUAUGGAAGAAAGUUAAAUUUCAAACCUUAAUUUCUUUUCAAUAACUUAAGGGCUCUUCAUUAAUUAACAAUACAGAAAUAAAGAAGGUAAUAUUUGCCAAGACAAACCACUGUUUGGGGACAGGGAGGAUUACCGAGAUGUCUUACCUUCAAUUGAGUGGUGCCAGAAUAGAACAGCUGCAGCUGAAGACUCAAAAAGGCGUUAAUAACUACAUUUUCAAGGAGCUCCUAAAAACUGAUCUUGAAAAAUUAGUCUAAAUAUUAUACACUGUGCCUGUAAUGGGCUGUCAAAACUUGUGUCUCAAAAUUUGUUUUCCUAGUCCACUCUAACAUAAUAUCCUGGUAAAACAGAACCAAUUUUCUGUUCAGUAACGGCAUAUUGUGCAGAUACUGUUUGCUCUCAGACCUGAUUGUGCCAAGGGAUGGGGUGCAGAGAGACUCCUUAUACAUAUUGUUGUAACAGCCCAGGUCAGCUCAUGUCCUUGUGCCCCGUUAGAGGGUCAGGAGCAGAGCAGCGUAGAGGGGUCCCACCCCAAACUGACCAACUGGGUAUUCCAUCCCAGCUGCCCUGGGCUCAGCAUAAAAGCUGAGGGAUCAAAGGGCCAACCCUCUUUCUUCAGUGGCUGGUGUCCAAGGACUGCUCUUUCUGUUCGUCUGCCUUUGAUGCUGAUCUGAGCAUUCCAGACUCCUCCAGAUCCAAAUCCAGCUCCCAUCUGUCACCGAGUCCUGUCUGGGACUUUCCUUGUGCUUGUUGGUGACACAAUCAUCACCCUGGGAGCUUGAUACCGUUUUGCAUAUAUAGUAUCUAUUUCAUUUUUAAUUUUUUAAUUAUUAUUAUUUUAUUAACUUAGUAAUAUUUUCAUUAAAAUAGUUUAGGUUUUUUCUAAACUCAUAAAUCUCUUUCUCUUUUCCUCUCCUCUCUUUGAAGGGGGCGGAGGGAACAUCUGUCAUGUUCAUUAGUCAAUCCAGCCCAAACCACGACACUUAAGUAUGGCAGUAGUUUCAGAAGCUCCUGUUUUUCUAACACAAAAAUAAUAGGAACAUGAUUCAGACAGCAAUAUUUUUUUGUUUUUAAUCUUAAAGCUGUUAUGAACAAUAGAUUCCAGGAGUAGUUGUCUCAGAUAAUAAUCUGUACCCAAAAAGGAAGUGUCAUGAAAGAUGGAAAACUUAAACUCAAUUCAGAAAACAAACAAAAGAGAGAAUUUCAGUCUCGUAUCUAUGCAAUGUCUUGAAACUCAAAGUGAGCUACAAUAUGAUUUAUAAAUUCCAUAAACUGCAGAGAAAAAAAUGUAAACAGGACUGCAGUGAGGCCAUGACAGAGAAAAGCUGUCCCAGGGGCAGGCAGAGCUAACAGGGCAGCAGCAGGAAGGGCUCCUGCCGCAGUGCCAGGACGCUCCAGGCAUUCCCGGCCACAGCUCACGUGGGGACAGUGGUGAGCAUGCCAGGAAUCAACGUGCAGCUAAACAAGGCUAGAAAGAUGACACUACAUGGGCCAGGUCUCACCUCUUCUCCAUGCAACAUAGAGAGAUCCACCGAAAAUUCUCAAAUCGCUUAUUUUUAUCAUAAAGGUGAAGUAUCCAAAUGAGCGGAAAAAAGCUGAUGAUGCAGGUAUCUUUACAGCUUUAGACAGUUAUUGUUCAGAAAAUAACUAUUUCUAAACUAUUGUUUAGAAAAUACUAAAAUGAGAGAUGGAAUCCGUUUUUUUGAACUUUAAAGUCUGCAGUGUCUAAUACAAGGUCAACGCUUUGAACUAUCAUAAUCUGUAAUGAAUAUUGCACCAAUAAUAUUAAUGUACUUUGGCCUUCAUCUUACUUUUAGAAGUACAACACCUCCUUGUGAGUACUCAAACAGAAUGCUUUGUGAGAGUAAAAUUUAAUCUCGUUCAUGAGGCCUGUGUGAAAGAGGUAGGUAUUUUCUAGCACAUUAUGUGAAAAAUACUAAAAAAAUGUGGUCCAGUUCCUUAGCACCAUCUUUCUUUGCACUGGAAGCCACUGUAUUUCCCUGAACAACUGGUCACCUAUAAUGUCCCCCUACAUUUUUGGUGCAUGCCCGCUUUCUAGCUAAGCUUGAAAGCGUCUGUCCCCUCUGCCCCUCUUGACUAAAAAGUCCAUUUUUCUGCCACAAAAAAUUGCUGAGAGCAGACAAAUCCUUACUGCACACACUGCAGUAGGUUGUGUAGUGACCACUGGUAACUGUGAGCACAAAAUAAGCCCCAGGAUAAGCAACCCGUAACCCACCUUCUCCCAUUUCUCUGACUUUCCAGCAGUGAGGGAUGUCACGAAUCUGAGAAGGCUGCAGAAGCUGAGUACUUAGUAUAACCAGUUUUUUAAUUACCAAACCGACUCGUUUACAAAGGAAAACAGAACUUUGAAAAUAUUUAAUUAUACAGUAGAAACAAAUUGUACCUAUAAAGAGCUUUCUAUGAAGUGAGUAAAAUGUUUACAUUUAAUAUACUUAAAAUUGAGAACUUCAAAAAAAAAAAAAAAAGAACUGAAUAAACACAUUUCAAGCUUU